UGUCAGGUAUGAUAUUAGUUGGUUUGACUUCAAACCAUUUGUAAAUCUUUAAGUCUUCCCCUGAAGAUGGAAAACAAAGUGGGAUCCUUCCCAGGAGCUCUUGGCUAUUGCUGAUGGCAGAAACCAAACUCAGCCUCAGCUCACGUGUAGCCCUUCAGCAUCAGCUCAGCCAGUGUCGUCCUGACCAUGGAUGGCGCGUUGGCUGAGCACAAUGGCCUUGUGGAGGACAGAUCCUGCAGUGGCACCUCAGCUCUGCCCGAGGCCCCUCUAAAGCCCUCAGGCUUGCUGGCACCACCUGACCAGCUGGACAGAGCCCACCGUGCCAGUCUUGAGGCAGACCAUGCUUCCAAAGAAGGAGAAGGCCUGGAUGAACCUAGCCCAGGAGGCCUCUGUCAGAAUGGGCCAACACUGCAGUUCCCGGACCCUCCAUUGUCUCUCGAUCCCACUAUGACCCCAGUGGGCCCUGAUGCCUCUCCAGGUGUGACUGGUUUCCAUGACAACCUAAGGAAGUCUCAGGGAACUAGUGCUGAGGGCAGUGUUAGAAAAGAAGCUUUGCAGUCUCUCAGACUCAGUCUUCCUAUGCAAGAAACGCAACUGUGCUCUACAGAGUCUUCCUUGCCCCUGGAGAAGGAGGAGCAGGUCCGACUUCAGGCUCGGAAGCGACUGGAGGAGCAGCUGAAACAGUACAGAGUGAAGCGCCAGCAGGAGAGGUCCAGUCAACCUGCAACAAAAACAAGACUUUUUAGUACACUUGAUCCUGAGCUCAUGUUAAACCCAGAAAACUUACCAAGGGCCAAUACCGUGGCUAUGACAAAAGAAUAUUCCUUCCUGCGCACCAGUGUUCCUCGGGGACCUAAGGUGGGCAGCUUGGGGCUCUUGGCACAUCCUAAGGAGAAAAAAAGUUCCAAAUCAAGCAAAAUCCGGUCUCUGGCUGAUUACAGAACUGAAGAUUCAGGUGCUGGGAAUUCUGGUGGGAAUGUUCCAACCACUGACUCUACCAGGGGUUCCCUGAAGCAGAACAGAAGCAGCACAACAUCAGUGGUGUCUGAGAUCAGCCUGUCACCUGAGGCUGAUGACCAUUUGGAGAACGCCUCACUAACUGGAGACAGCGUGUCUGAGAUCGAUGGAAAUGAGAGUGACAGUUCUUCCUAUAGCAGCAUCUCCACCCGAGGGACCUAUGGCAUUUUGGUGAACACAGUGGGCACACAGGAAACUUCCUAUGUGGUCAAUGGCCAGGAGAUUGCUACGGAUGCGUUGGGCCAGUUCCCCUCGAUUAAGGAUGUCCUCCAGGCUGCAACAGCUGAGCACCAAGACCAGACACAGGAAAUCAACGGGGAGGUGCGGAGCCGGAGAGACAGCCUCUGCAGCAGCGUGUCCAUGGAGAGCUCUGCUGCUGAAACACAGGACGAGGUGCUGCAGGUUUUGAAAGAGAAAAUGAGGCUUGAAGGGCAGCUGGAAGCUUUAUCAUUAGAGGCUAGUCAGGCACUUAAAGAGAAGGCCGAGCUGCAGGCCCAACUGGCCGCCCUCAGCACAAGGCUGCAGGCACAGGUGGAGCACAGCCACAGCAGCCAGCAGCGGCAGGACUCCCUCAGCUCAGAGGUGGACACCUUGAAGCAGUCCUGCUGGGACCUGGAGCGAGCCAUGACUGACCUGCAGAACAUGUUGGAAGCGAAAAACGCCAGCCUGGCAUCCUCCAACAAUGACUUGCAGGUGGCAGAGGAACAGUACCAGCGACUCAUGGCGAAGGUAGAGGACAUGCAGAAGAACAUCCUCAGCAAAGACAACACAGGUGAGGCUGUGUCCUUGACAGCUGCCCAGCGAGUUGGGAUUGUGGUGGCUGAUCUGUCGUUAUGA